UUAUAUAUCCGUGAAAAUUGAAUAUUUACUUAGAAUAUGGCGGAGCUAAGCCUGGGACCACUAAUAGAUAUUGUGGAUGAAGAAUGGAUGAGAGACACACUUCCGGAUGAUGAUCUUUUAUUACCACCAGUAAUGGAGGCCCGGACUGACGAUACCGAAGACACGAAUCAAGAAACUAAGCCAAUCGAUGGAGAUUCAUGGCAUGAUCUUGCUUUAUGCACACAAUAAUGUUUUCUGGCUUUACAAGGGGUAUGACUCAAUGUUCAUUAAGGUCUUUGAUUUCUAAAAAGUCAUUCUCUCUUGGCUGGUCUAAUUUUCAUCAUUCCUGUUUUCAGACUCCCCUGAAUCUGGUUGAAGCUCAAUGGUUGUCAAUAUAGAAAUCAGAACAAGAAUCAAAUACCAGAAAUGUUUCCUAAAUUGACUGGUUGAUGUUCAGAGACAUGUCCCUAAAUGAAGGAGAAAUGCCCCAAAUGUGUGGAACUUGGGUUUCCU